AUGAUACGUUGGAGUUUGCAGGCUGCUGCUGAGAGCCUCCACCGCAGCGAGUCCAUGGUGUCACUUGCCUGCUUCAAAACGCUCGCUCAGCUGAUCAACAACGAUGGCAACGAACUGCAGAACUACCUCGCGGCGAACAAGAAUAUCAAUGUCGACGAUAGGGAUGAGAACGGCACAACAGCGCUCAUGUGCGCGAGUGAGAAAGGACGCGUGGAGGCGGUCCGAUUGUUGCUCGGUGGGGGCGCCGACGCGUGCGCAGCUGACGUAGACGGAUGGACGUCCCUUGCGUUUGCGGCGCGCGCCGGACACCUCGCCGUCGUAGGCGAACUGCUGGACGCUGGUGCGCCGGUAGAUUCGCGGGAUUGUGGCAAUUGGACACCGCUUAUGUGGGCUGCUUAUAAGGGACACGAAGAUAUUGUGGCUUUGCUCUUGGAGAAAGGAGCCGAUGUUCACGCACAUGGGAAUUAUAAUAUCAAUUCCCUAGUAUGGGCGUCGGGUCGUCAUCACAGCGGUGUGGUCCAACGCCUCCUCGCUGCAGGUGCUCGUCCGAACUCGUGCGAUAAGUAUGGCACGUCCGCACUUACGUGGGCGGCGCGAGCGGGUGACGUCACUGCGUGUGCGGCGCUGUUACGUGCGGGCGCAGACCCCAACACUGCUGGAAUGUACUGCUGGACACCUCUCUUACAAGCUACUCAAGGCAACCACUUCGAAAUAGUCCAAAUGCUCCUAGAGCACAAACCGAACGUGAACGCGUUAGACAAGGACGGAUGCACCGCACUGGCCACAGCUUGCAAAGAAGGCUUCUAUGACAUCGCCUUAGCGCUGAUCAGUUCCGGGGCGUAUAUAAAUGUUCAGGACCAUUCAAAGGACACGCCUCUCAUCCAAGCGGUAAAAGGUGGAUACAAGCAUAUAACGGAGGCUCUGCUGAAAAAGCACGUGGAUGUGGACCUGCCAGGAAAGGAGAAGAAGACUCCGGUGUACACGGCUGUGGAGAAGGGACAUGUCGCCAUUUUGAAAUUGCUGCUCGCGUCUAAUCCUGAUCUGGAACAUUGUACGAUUACUGGUGACACACCAUUGUUGCGAGCUGUACGCUCGCGGAACGCGGAAAUGGUGGCAUUGUUAUUGGAACGUAAAGCUCGUGUGAAUGUCGCUGAUAACCGCGGAGACACAGCCCUGCAUAUAGCAAUGAGGGCUAGGUCUAAACAAAUAGUAGAAAUACUUCUCAGGAAUCCGAAAAAUAGUCAACUCCUAUACAAGCCAAACAAACUGAACGAGACACCGUAUAAUAUAGAUAUGAGUUACAAUAAGACGAUACUAGGACAGAUAUUUGGCGCUCGGAAGCUGAACACGAAUGAAGAUAACGAGAAUAUGCUGGGAUAUGAGCUGUAUAGUGCUGCCCUGGCGGACAUGCUGUCUGAACCGAGCCUGUCAGUACCUAUUACUGUUGGUUUGUUUGCAAGAUGGGGUUCCGGAAAGUCUUUUCUGCUUAAUAAGUUAAAAGAGGAAAUGAAGAACUUCGCCCGGCAAUGGAGCGAAACGGGUUGGUCAUGGUCGUGGGCGGUCUGGUGGAGUGCCUGGCACGCGGCGCUAGCGCUAGCAGCUGUUGCAGCUGCUGCGGGCACACCGCCAUAUAUAGCGCUUGCGCUUUGCUUCGUUCUGUUUGCUGCUAUAUACCUCGCACUCUAUACGCUUUGGUAUUUAACGCAUAGAUAUGAAUGGUGGUGGGCUGGUGGAGUAUUAUCGGCGAUGGGAAAACGCUUCAGUUCGCUGUUGCUAGUGUUGCAAGUAGUAUUCUGUCAUCCGCCGGGACCGAAUGACCCCAGAGCAUUGCCAGCGACACCGAUUAGAUUUCACUUCACCGAGGGUAUGAAGAGCGGUAGUGGUCAGGAGAGCGAAGCGAUGGUUGUCCAAAUGAUCGCAAGCCUUGCUGAGGCGCUGGAGGUGCAAUACGGACGCGCGUGUACGCGACUUGCACGCGCUUUUCGACCUAAGCCGGUUUCAUCUACUUCGGGUUGGAAAUGGCGACGGGCGUGCUGUGUACCGCACAUUGUCACUUUCGAAGUAUGUUUCACCUGCCUUUUGCUUGCGAUGUGUAUACUCACUAUAUACCUGAGUGACACCGGCGCGGAACAAUCGCGGCGUGACAUUCAACAGGGUCUGCUGAUCGGCGCGUGCGCAGCUAGCGGGGCGUUGCUGCUCGCGAACGUGUUCACAGCUGGGAGGGCGCUCGCUGCUCUAGCCAUCCCGCCCAGAGUUCGUCUCGCGAGAAUAGCUAGGCAGGCUGCUAAGGAUCACCACGCACACGUCUUGGCUCUUCGGCCAGAAGUGCAAGCGCUUACGCAUACUGUGUCAUGCCUGGACGCGUUCACGGGUCAACAGACACGUCUAGUUGUGGUCGUGGACGCUCUAGACAGCUGCGAACAAGAGAAGGUUCUCGCUCUGCUCAAUGCUGUUCACGCCCUCUGCUCUGACCCGAAGAGCCCUUUCAUCCUGCUGCUCGCUAUCGACCCUCACAUCAUCAGCAAGGCAGUAGAAAUAAACAGCCGCCGCGCGCUAUCUGAAAGCAACAUCGGCGGAUGGGACUACCUCCGCAAUAUGGUGCAGCUACCGUUCUACCUGCAAAACUCAGCAUUACGCAGGGUCAAAACCGCUCAGCACACUGCCACUAAGAGGAUGCACACCAUCGCCGCUGACGAUUUCUCUACCUCGUUGCAGCGAUCGGUAUCAGCGCGUCGUCUAUCAUCAACAUCAGAACUGAUGUCCAGUCAAGAGCGGAUAAAGCCUCAAGCGACGAAAGAGAGUGUGCGGAGACUUCGUCCCUCGGAGUCUAUCGCGUCAUCCGUUGCUUCGGGGCUGCAUAGGGCUGUGCCCGCGCCCGCUGGCGGAGCUGCGGACCUUGGUCGGGUGCUGUUGACCGAUGAUUACUUCAGCGAUGUCAACCCUAGGAGUAUGAGGAGGCUUAUGAAUGUACUGUAUGUUACUGGUCGUCUACUUAAAGCCUUUCAAAUCGAGUUCAAUUGGUACCAACUAGCAUCGUGGGUCAAUCUCACGGAACAGUGGCCCUUCCGCACCUCCUGGAUCAUAUACCAUCAUGAAACAUACGAGGAGCACAUCGAGGACACCACGUCUCUUAAACAUAUUUAUGAUAAGGUGAAGCCCCUUAUAAGCGGCUUACGUGAGGCUGGAAAUCUCCUGGAGUUGGAUCGGGAUGAACGUAAAUUGGAAGUGUUUCUGUCAUUCCAUCGAGCUACUUUAACCGCGGCUGAUCUGAAGAUUUUCUUGCCUUUCACGAUCAAUCUAGAUCCUUAUAUCAAGAAAGUUAUAAAAGAGGAGCACUUACAAUCCGGGGUAGACGAUGACUUAGGCGCAGGCGCUGCACCCUACCCCACUCAAAAGCUCACACAUUCUAAACUGCAUCAUAGGAAACAGAAACUGCAGCCAGCGUCUAGCCAACCACAGACUAACGCACAGUUGUGGGCUGGGUGGGCGUCGACCAAUACGGCCACGCCCCUCAAUCAAGCACCGCAACCCGCUGUCUUGCCGCCAUACCAGCCCGCGACAAUGCCCGUUGUUGGCGGAAAUCCAGUAGCUAUGAUAAGAACAGCUUUUCCUAUUGUGGGCGAUGUGUCGAACGUACGACUAUCACAACUAAGCGUUGAGCGAGUGUGUUCCCUUGUACGAGAUGCACUUGGCGCCGGUGCGGGAACGUCAUGCGCAAGCGCAUUACAACGGCACCACGUGUGCGGACUCGUACUCUCCGUUUGUCGCCUGGUUGAACUUCGGCCGAUAUUGGAUCUGCCCUUCGGCGACUGGGAACUCUUUAAAAUGCUGAUAAUGAACCUUCGAGAAUUAGAAGCGUCGAUGCCCGUCAGCGCACCGGCACUUUCAGUUUUACCAGACAAAUCUGGUGACACAGAAACUGAUGCUAUCCCAGUGAAACCCAGAACUGUGUUGGAGCAUCAGCGGUCUCGACCCACAAACGUUGAGAAACAGGUCACCCUCGAGGAGCAGAUGAUCUGCGGCGCGCUACAGACUCUAAACGAAGAGGCGAUGGAGGACGUCCUUCACUCGGAGCCUUCGCCCCCAGGUGGUGAACGUGAAAUAAGGUCGACGGUUUGUCGAGGUGCGUCGUGGGCGGGCACGGCCGCCUGCCCCGCCCCUGCGCCCUCGCCCCGCCCAGCUGCUGGCAGCUUCCGUACGCGUCGGGCGCACGAUCUUCCAGCGGUAACAUUCAAAGUCGAGAACGAAGAAGAUUCAGAUGAGGGUCACAUUACAUUCACAGCGCGACCACGCAAAGUGGAGGCCGCUGGGCGCUCCCGGCCAUCUUCUCUUCUCGUGAGCGAUGACGUCUCGGAAGCCAGCGACCGUCUCUCUACCCGCUCCAGAUCUGUGGAGGACUCGACGCGCACGGGCUCGCCGGUCAUCGACCUAAAGCUACGGAACCUCCGUCGAACCGCUGAUAUCCUUCGAAAAGUCGGUUCAGCCGAGAGACUGAGUCGGCUCAAAGACAAGUUUUUCUCGCUCAACUCUGGUUCUCGCGAGCGCAGUCCACCGCGAGAAGAACCGAGCGACGAGGAGUCAGUCCCACUCGUCUCUUCGCCGACUGUCAGCGCUACCUCACCGCAGACGGAUAACGCGGACGCAUCGACGAGGAUGUCCUCUCCCAUCGGAUCUACGACACCAUCCUACAAGAAGCCGUUGGACGUCGAAUGUGGCGAUCGUAGCCAAGAGUACACGGCUAGUUCUGAUUUCUCCCCUCGAUCGGAUACGACGGAGCUCGAAUCACCCAGAGAGAGCGGCACCGUAUUCGACAUGUUGCCAGAAUCGAAGAAUGGCAACGGACCUUCCUACAAAGUGAGCAUGAUCAGGGAAGAGAGUAACGGUUCCAUAUCGAACAUGGUCGAGCCUUAUAACAUGAGGCUUCUAGCGCACGGCACUACGGAGGGUUCCCGAGCGCUUUGGAGGCAGGACGCUCUGGACUCCGGUCCGCCCUGGCCCUGGGACGAGCCAGACUCCGCUGUAUGA